UCGGAUCGUUUUUCUUUUUUUUACUUUACUCUUUUUUGUUUGGUUGUUCUGCUCGAUUCUAUUCAUAGUUUUGUUUUUGUUUGUUUUUGUGUUUGGUAAAUGAUCACGAAUUGAACGUUUGAGUUCCGGAUGAGAAAUAAAAUGGAUAAAGUUAAACCUAUAGGUGCCAAUCAUCCGAUGCCCAUUUCAAAUAAUGAUAAUUUAUUGAUUGAAAAUGAAUCAGAUAUUAUUAUGGAACCGAUAAUCAAUAAAACAACAACGACAACAACAUUUGCUACCAGAUUGACUCCAGAAUUAAUAAUGCGAGCCGAAAUGGAAGUUAAUGAAAAAGAUGCAUGGCGUCUUCGAGAUAUCGAAGCAUUACGUGAAAUGAUUCAAGGUGAACCUUCGUUAAAAUGUCGACAGGAUGAUGCAUUUUUGUUACGAUUUCUUCGUGCUCGACGUUUCGAUUAUGAUGGAGCAUUUCGAUUGAUUUGUGAUUAUCUUACAUUAAAAUGUCGACAUCAAGAAUUGUUUAUGCCAAUCGAACAAUUGAAAUGUGUAUUUGAUGAUAAUACAAUGACCGUAUUGGAUGAUAGAUCCAAUCAAGAUGAGACCAUAUUUCUAUUACGACUUGGUCAAUGGUCACCACGAAGAUUUAGUUUUGAUCAAGUAAUUGCUGCAGCCAUAAUGAGUAUGGAAUAUGUUAUUCGUGAUGAAGUAACACAAAUAAAUGGUAUUAUCUGUGUGAUUGAUAUGGCUGGAUUUGGUUGGAGUCAACUACGUAAAUUUGGUCCUAGUCAAGCAAAAAAAAUUGUUCAUAUUAUGGAUAAAUGUUUACCCAUUCGAAUCAAAACAAUAUACGUAAUCAAUGAAUCAACAUUAGCCGAUAUUGGUUUUGCUAUAAUGCGACCAUUCACUAGUGAAGAAUUACAUGAUAAGAUUAUAUUUUUAGGUUCAAAUUAUAGUCAGAUUCUUCAUCAGAAUAUAUCAUCAGAAAUUCUUCCUAAUCAAUUCAAUGGUCGAUGUGGUUCGAUGAAUAGCGAUUCAUGGUACAAAAAGCUAUGUUUAUUCGAUAAAGAAAUGAAACAUAAUUUCUUUGCUUAUGGAUUUAUUGAUGAUAAUAAUAUGAUAAUCGAUUUACGAGGUGAUCGAUGUACAAGUGCAAAUAUUUGUCGCAGUAAUAAUCAUUCAAAUUCGGGUAAUUAUAUUGCAACAGGAGCUGAUAUGAAAACUAUAUUUCGUAAAUCACAAACAUGUAAUGGCUAUCUUUUUGAUUAUUACAAUACAACAACUAGUAUCGACUAGUAUCUUCUUUAAUCAUUUUCUUAUCCCGAAAUUCCCACCACCAGUAUUACUAAUUAUAAUACUAUUAAUAAGCAAAUUAUCUUUUAUCAAUGAUCCUUGUAUUGAUUUGAUAUUUUUUUCAAUCCUCAAUCCCACCAAUAAAUGUCUGUAUAAUAAAGUUUUUUCAAUGAAAAAAGAUUCAUUUGUAUCUGGGAUUUCAUCCAUCGAUCGAUCAGAAAAUAAUUCAAUUCUAUAGUGGAUUUUUUUUCGGAUUUUUAACUAUCAAAUAAUAAUUUUUUUAUUAAAAGAAAAAAUUACA